AUGGCAUCGACUGUGGGCAUCAAUCUCCGAGCCUGCGCAGCCGCUUGCAAUGAAAAGGUAUAUGCAGCGGCACCUGUGCUUGAAGAGUGCGCACAUCACUCGUUCAGCCACGUCCAUGUGGAUGCCGUGCUAGACGCUGCGUCAGCUCUGCUCGAAAACCCAGAUCCUGACGUGUGUGCAAACACCGCAGUAGCGUUCCGUCCAUUACUCCUAGAGCUUGUCGCUCGUCGAUCACACCGUGCUGAGGCUGUGCAUGCUCUCGCCUUCCUAAUCGGUGCAUUUGAAGAAUGCUAUACGCAGCUGGAGUCAUUUCUGCAACGACACUUUCCUCAUGGUUUGCCUGUUGAUGACGAGCUGCACCUCACCUCGCUUUUGCGCAUCGUUCGUGCGGCUCCACAUAUCGCGCAUAGACUCGGUUGGCGCUCCUCUUAUUUGUACAAGGUUUUUGCUUCGAAACAUGGGACGCCUGCGACGUUGCGCCUUUUGGCCGUCGAGUGUUAUGCUAUCCAGGAGCAUCUCUCGAAUGCAGCACGGGAUGCUCUGCGACAAGCGUGGGUUGGGGAUGCCCCUGCACCGCUUCACGUAUUGCAUGCACAUACCAUCGAUGUGCGCUUGUUUCCCGUGUACGAGCAAGAGCGAAUCGAGGCUCUUUGGCGUGCAUGUGAAGAGGUAACGCCUCUUACAACGCCCGUAUCCGAUACGUCCGCAGUGUAUGUCACGCCCGAGCACUUGUCGCCCUCACUCACUUGCUUAGCGUCCAUGAUCAUGCCGUCGAACGGAGCGAGCAUGAACGAUACCUUUGUUGCCACACCAAGUGCACAAGACACAAUGCGACAGAUCCUUUUGCAUGUGUCUCUACGUCUUCCUGUUCUUCUCUCUGGCCCUGCAGCUUGUGGAAAGACCCACCUUCUCACCUACUUGGCUACGCGGCUAUCGCACCCAAAAGAGGGUAUGCCGCCAUUUUUGUCGAUUCCGCUUGGUGACCAGUCCGGCGUAGAUGCAAAGGCUCUACUUGGCUCAUAUGUAUCAAGUAGCACCAAGCCUGGUACUUUUGAGUUCGUUGAGGGUGCGCUGACGCGCGCUGUACGCGCGGGUGUAUGGGUUAUUUUGGAGGACCUCGACAAGGCCUCGACAGAUGUACUAAGUGUCUUGGCACCACUUGUAGAGGCCUUGGGUCCCACGAAAACAAUUGGCGCCCGGCCGAUCUUAGACCUUGGUCCACGCGGAAAAGUUGUUGCUGCGCCUGGUUUUGCAUUACUGGGGACACGUUGUGUUCGACCUGAAGCGCCGCGUGCUAUGUUCUUGUCCAGCGAGCACUGGGGUGACGUUCGUCUUUCGCCACCUCAGGCUGAAGAUAUAGCUGCAAUUCUGAAUGGGCGCUUUCCGUCUAUGUCUGCAUUGCCCAUGCACGAGUGCGCAUGCCUUAUCAAUGCGUGGUAUGGUGCAGUGGACGCUUCCCAACGUGCACCAGCUUCUGUUCGGAAGCCAACACUGCGUGAGCUUGUGCAAUGGUGUGGAAGAGUCGAUUCGAUGAGAGCACCAAGCUUGUUGGACAAUCCCGUCGUGCAGGAUGCAGUGUUUCUGGAUGCAUGCGACGUUUUCCUUGCAUCGUUCUCUGAGCUGACUCCUGUCGCACGCAGCAUUGCGCAUGCAUUAAGCAAUACUCUUCAGAUCUCCUCGGAACGCGCAAAGUAUACACUUCAAGAUCGUGUGCCAAAUUUGGCGCUGGGACAUGCUGGGUACGUGCGAAUAGGUCGUAUGCAGUUAGAACGUCGGAAACCAGGCGCUCCAACUUUGCAGCGAUAUGCGCUGACGCGGACGACGCUUGCCUCUAUGGAACGCGUGGCCUCGUGCAUUGCGCAUGCUGAGCCUGCUCUUCUUGUGGGUGAAACGGGCACUGGCAAAACAACCAUGGUGCAGACGCUUGCAUCGCUGAUUGGACAGCCCAUCACUGUGGUGAACCUGAGCCAGCAGACCGAGAGUGGCGACCUGCUUGGCGCCUUCAAGCCACUGGAUCCCAAGUCACAAGCUGCAGACCUGCACAAUGCAUGGACGCGUGUGUUUGAGCGGACCUUCUCGCUCAAACGGAAUGCGGCAUACGUCGAUGCGGAACGGAAAGCUUUCUUCAGUGGCAAAUGGGCUCGUCUUGCGAAGCUAUGGUACGAGUCGUGCAAAAUGGCUCAGCGUGAAUUGGCGCAGAAUGAUACUCGCAAGAAGCGACGCACGGAUGGGUCUCUGGAGUCUGACUGGAGCGUGCUAGCGACGCGAGUGGCUUCGUUCUCGGCGUUGUUUGCCAAGGGGCAGCGGCACUUUGCAUUCUCGUUUGUCGAGGGUCCUCUGGUGCGUGCCGUGCAGGAAGGACAUUGGAUUUUGCUGGACGAAAUCAAUCUUGCGUCACCAGAGACUCUCGACUGCCUCGCUCCGCUUCUCCAGUCGAAAAGCGGCAGCAUCGUGUUGACGGAACGCGGGGAUCUAGCUCCAAUCCCGCGUCAUGAACGGUUCCGCUUGUUUGCCUGUAUGAAUCCGGCUACUGACGUUGGCAAGCGUGAUUUACCGCCUUCGUUCCGUGCCCGCUUUACAGAGAUUUAUGUACCGAGUCCCGACGCAGAUAAGGAGGCCCUGAUGAACAUUGUGGCGCAGUACAUUGGCCAGGAGGCUGCAAGUGACAAAGCCGCUGUCAUGGACGUGGCUGAUUUGUACAUGGACGUGCGCCACGCGGCUGCCCAUCACGAGCUGGCCGAUGGAGCGAAUCAACGCCCCCAUUACUCUGUUCGUACACUGGCGCGUGCCCUCACCUUUGCUGCGGCACUUGCUCCCGCCUAUGGCCUCCGACGUGCGCUUAUGGAAGGCAUGACCAUGUCGUUUGGCAUGUUGCUGGAUGCACCAAGUGCUCUAGCAUUCCAAAACAUGCUUGAUCGUCAUCUUCUCGUUCGUGCGAAAGACCGGCGCACUCAGCGCACCUUUGUGCCAUCAUCACCAGGUCCAGAUCAUGUCCGUGUGGGAGCCUUUUGGCUUGAGGCCGGACCGGUCCCGCCCGAUCCUGCCCCUGAGUAUGUCCUGACAGCCAGCGUGGAGGCGAAAAUUAACGCACUUGCGCGUGCUUUGGUGACUCGGCAGAGUCCUGUGCUGAUUCAAGGUCCUACAAGCGCAGGCAAAACGAGUGCUGUCGAAUACCUCGCUCGGCGCACUGGGCACCGUUUUGUUCGCAUCAACAACCACGAGCACACAGAUGUGCAGGAAUAUCUUGGUGCAUAUGCCUCAAAUGCCGAGGGACAAUUGGUCUUCUCGGAAGGCCUGUUAGUCACAGCACUGCGCCGUGGUGACUGGCUUGUUCUGGAUGAGCUCAAUCUAGCACCGACCGACGUGCUGGAAGCGUUGAAUCGCUUGUUGGAUGACAAUCGCGAGCUCAUGAUCCCGGAGACGGGCGAGAUCGUCCGUCCACACCCACAUUUCAUGCUAUUUGCUACCCAGAACCCUCCGGGCGCCUACGCUGGUCGUAAAGUGCUAAGCCGCGCGUUCCGCAACCGUUUUGUUGAACUACACUUUGAUGAUGUGCCGGAAACGGAGCUUGCUGCUAUAUUAACCACGCGCUGUGUUAUCCCGCCGUCCUGGGCUGAGAAGAUUGUGGCUGUGUUCACGGAGCUGCAGCGCCGGCGUCAAUCUGGUCGUGUGUUUGAAAAGCACGCAUUUGCCACACUCCGUGAUCUGUUCCGAUGGGGCAUGCGUGGCGCGGAUGGCUAUCAACAACUGGCCGAUACAGGCUAUAUGCUUCUGGCCGAGCGCACCCGCCAUCCGAGAGAUGCCGCCACCGUUCAGGAUGUGUUGCAGCAGAUUAUGCGAGUGCGAAUCGACCCGGAAGCCCUUUACGAUAAAGCCGAGACGCUGGAGGCGCAACUUGGUCCCGAGCGCCUCGCGCGUCUUAGGACCGCAGCAGACGAACAGAGAAUCGUUUGGACGUCGUCAAUGCGCCGCCUGGUAUGCUUGACGGCGGCAGCUUUACAGCAGAAUGAACCAGUCUUGCUCGUUGGCGAGACGGGGGCAGGAAAGACAUCUGUGUGUGAUAUCUUGGCUGCAGCUUUUGGUCGCUCUCUGUAUUCAUUCAACUGUCAUCAGAACACAGAUAGCGCUGACCUUCUGGGAAGCCAGCGACCCCUACGGAAUCGUGCGAGUCUCGCAGCAGAGGCGCGCUUAGCGGCGGAGCGCGUUUUGCUCGAAUCUGUGCAGGACAUGCCGCUCGAACAGCUGGCUGCUAGGCUGCAAGCCGCGAAGCAGAAAACGCCUUCACAGGAUCUAGAGCAGGCGCUGUUCCUCACACAGCGAGCCUUGGCGUUGUUUACAUGGUGCGAUGGACCCUUAGUUGAAGCUAUGCGGCAGGGCGACUUUAUGCUGUUGGAUGAGAUUUCUCUCGCAGACGACAGUGUACUUGAGCGGCUCAACUCCGUGCUGGAGCGCGAGCGCACGCUUGUUCUUGCAGAAAAGGCAGGCACGGACGUGGUAGUGACAGCAGCACCAGGCUUCCAAAUCAUCGCUACGAUGAAUCCCGGGGGCGAUUACGGCAAAAAGGAACUAAGCCCCGCCCUCCGAAACCGCUUCACCGAGAUCUUUGUCCCGCCUGUAGAGCGUGCCGAUGAUCAAGCUGCGAUCGUUCAGGCUCUUCUGCCCGAGUCCUUGUACGAAUGGACGCAGCAUAUGCUGACUUUUGUGCAUUGGUUUGCCCACCAAGUGGGUGGCCAUGACCAAACGGGCUUGGGUGUGCGUGAUCUUGUGGGAUGGGCGACUUUCCUGCGCGAGGUAUGCGCUCGCGACAUCCUGCCACCUGCGCUGGCGUUUGCUCAUGGUGCAGCACUGACAAUUGUCGAUGCUGUAGGCGCGUUGCCGGCGACAGCGGCCAUGACGCAAGCGAGUUUGCACUCAUUACGUAUCAAAUGCUACCAGAAAGUGAAUGCGAUCAUCGCGCCGGUGCAUUUUGAUCCGUUCGAUCCAUCGUGCCGCGCCGUGCGAGAAACCCCGGAUACCCUGUUUGUGGGACCAUUUUCGAUGGACAAAGGGCCCCUUCCCAAGACCACGCCGCCGUUCCAAUUGCAGGCGGGCACGGCGGCUGACAAUGCGAUGCGUGUGCUGCGUGCUUGCUCGAUUCGCGGACGUAGCGUGCUGUUGGAAGGCAGCCCCGGUGCAGGAAAGACUUCGCUUAUCACUAGCAUCGCUGCCAUGACAGGACAUGAGCUUGUGCGGAUCAAUCUGUCGGAGCAGACUGAGCUCGUUGACCUGUUCGGUGCCGAGCUGCCUGUGGAAAAUGGGCGGCCAGGGGAAUUCGCGUGGCGUCCGGCCGCUUUCCUUGAUGCAAUGCAGCGAGGCGCUUGGGUCCUGCUGGACGAAAUGAAUUUGGCGUCUCAAACCGUGUUGGAAGGGCUGAAUUCAUGUCUAGACCAUCGUGGCUCGGUAUAUGUCGCCGAGAUUGGACGUACAUUCACUAAACACGCCGACUUUCGGCUCUUUGCUGCACAGAAUCCUCAGCACCAGGGCGGGGCUCGUAAGGGCUUGCCGAAAUCGCUACUCAAUCGCUUUAUCAAAGUGUAUGUGUCUGAACUACAAGACGACGAUAUUCGUGUGAUUUGCGAGCGGCUUUACCCUGACCUGUCGCCCUACCUGGACGCGAUGGUGUCGUUCCACGCGGACCUUCACCGAGCCACACAGAAUGGAUCAAUUGGUAGGCACGGCUCGCCUUGGGAACUUAAUCUACGUGACCAGCUCCGCUGGAUGCAAAUCAUGCACGCAGACUUGGGAUGCAACACGGCCGAACCCAUCGAGGCGCUUCGUUUUCUGUACAUCGCACGUUUCCGCACACAGCAUGACCGGGACGCGGUUGCUGACCUGUUCGCCCAGCACUUUGGCUGUGAUGCACGACGGACAUUGCGCAUGCCGCCACCGUUGCUUUCACCAUCAUCUGCGUUGCUCGGGCACGUAUUCAUGGAACGCCUAUCCUCGACGUCCGAAGCCUCCAUGCAGCGGCAGCUCGCUCUUGUGCCGUCGCAAUUAGCUUGUCUAGAAGGGAUGGCUGCCAGUGUUCGUCUGGGUUUGCUGACCAUCAUCACCGGAUACACUGGCGCGGGCAAGUCUUGUAUUGUGCGUACUAUGGCCGACCUGGUCGGUAUGCCGUUGGAAGAAGUGAGGCUUAGUGCGGCAAGUGACACGAUGGACGUCCUUGGAUCUUUUGAGCAGCGUGAUCCUUCACAUGUCUACCAUGAUGUCUCAAAGUCGCUAUAUUCUGUCCUGCGACGCAUGCAGGCUCGCUCUCACUUGUCAGAUGGAUCUGCUCUUGACGCUAUCGAGACAUGUCUUACUGCACUAGAGCAUGGCGGCGACCCACGUUCGACAGAGCACGUACUUCCCUAUGCACUGCAUGAUGAGCAUGAAGCAAUUAGUGCGCAGCUUGAUCGUCUUGACGUACCUACAUCCGCUGGCGGCCAGUUUGAGUGGAUCGAUGGCCCACUUAUCCGCGCCGCUAAACGUGGACACUGGCUUUUGUUGGACAAUGCGAAUCUUUGUGCGGCAUCUGUAUUGGAUCGUCUGAAUUCACUCUUUGAACCGUCAGGCUCGCUUGUUUUAAGUGAGCGUGGCAUGGUCGAGGGCGCUGUGCCGCACAUUGUGCCAGAUGCCAAGUUCCGAGUGUUCAUGACAGUCGAUCCUCGACAUGGUGAGCUAAGUCGAGCAAUGCGCAAUCGAGGUAUGGAGCUAUGGCUUGAUCCUGUCGAUCCUGCUUUCCUCGCUCCCUUUGCGCGCGCGUUCGGUGGACGCGGUUCUCUUGUCGAUCGUGCCGUUUACUCCCACGCGAUACGGCGCGGCCUGAACGUUGACGUCCAGCCACCAUCUGAGCCCAAGGCCGUGCGCGCUGCGUCCAAUCAACCUGCGCUGAAAGACGCUGGCUUACCAGGCGCCGCUUUCGUGACCACAUGCAUGAAAGAUCAUACGCUGCACGAAGCAGCUUGUAUCUACGCAGUGCAAGCACUCGUGCCCAGCGAGCUCGCUCUUGUGGUGCGAACAGUUUCGAACCUCCCUGUACCGUAUUCGAACUCUGGUGUCACUGCGGCAUCGCCUCAUGUGCUGUCCUCCCUGCUUCCCGCAGACCUGCGUCGACUGCCAGAUGCAGAGCCACGUGCUGACGAGCUCUAUGCAAGGACACUCGAGCUCCACGUUCGCUCAGCGCUUCAAGUGCAAGCACUGCAAAAGCCCCCGCCCGAGACCUCAUGGCUCGCCAAGAUGACUGACGACGUGCAUCAGGUGCCGGCAGUUCUUCAGCACAUGCCAACAUUCCUCGCUACGUGCGUUUCACUCGCGCAGGUAAAGCCAACGAGUCUCGAAAUGGCUGACAGAUUUGCUGGACUUCUGGACAGUGUGUAUUUUCUUCAACAUGCACUACAGGCAGAUGAGUUAGACUACUCGUUGGUCUACUUGAUUUUAAACAAUGUGCGCUCGACUGUUUCAGAGCUUGCUCAGCUCGGCAUGGACAUUCCAACGGCGCUUCCAAAGCUCUUGCGCGAUAUGCAUGCACCUCAGAGUCAACAUACGGGUGUGGCUAUGCAAGCUCUUUGGGCCCAAUUGCUUCCUGAUGCUCCUCCACGCCUGCUUAGUUUGCUUGCCGAACUGGAAUUGCACUUUCCAGAUGCCUUGUCAGUCGCUCAUGCCAAGACGGUGCUCCAGGUACUCUCGACGUUGUAUUUGAGCAAUACGUCUUGGAAUGAGGCCCAGUGCGCAGAAUUGAGCCAACUGGCUCAGUCGCUCUUGGCCAUUCGCCACGAGCGAUCCGCAGAGUCGCUUCCGUUUGUCGCACGAGUGCUGCCUGCCGUCCUGUGGACUCUAGCUGCUGAUUCUGGCGCAUGGGACACUAGGACUCGACUCUCACAACUCAUCCACUUGUGGGCGCAGCACCCUUGUAUCCCUGCAUCUCUCAUGGUCAGCAUACAGCUCCGUGCGUGGUCACUUACACAGCCUAUCCCUCCCAUGCUCCAGAUGCGGUAUGCGCAUGCGUUAUGGUAUGCCGAUGGGUCGUUCUCGAUCGAGGCACCCGGCUCACUUGUUCUGCACCGUGCUACGAUACUUCCGGCCGUGCUUGAUGCCGUGCACAUGGAUCGCGUCUCGCUCUCGCUUUGGCCUUCGUACGAUUCACAUCUCUAUGAUCUCGCAGUCUGCGUCGCGACAGCUCUCGUUCCAGCACAGCCACCACGCAUGUCGAUGGCAGCUCAUAUGCUGCGGGUGUUCAUGGCCCAGAUAUCGAGAGCUUUAUACACGGCGGUCGAAAGCGUUGCGACUCCCGAAACACAGACCCGUCUUCAUGCUUGGAAGGACGCCAUCGAUGCGCAGAAUGAACAGUCCAUUGUGCAUGCCCUGUCCAGCGUCGUUACUACGCUAGGCUCAUCCACGAUCAUGCACACAGCACUACAGUCGUGGCUGUCUUGGCUCCGGACUACGCAGCAUUGUCUCUCAUCCCAGGUCAGAUCACCGUUUGAAAUCGGAGUCGCUUGGGUUCGUCUUGCCCUUUUGACAUUGCAGAUAUACAUCCCAGAUGUGCCAUUGGAUCCAGUCGCGGAAGCACAUGCUCAGCAUGCUUAUAACGAAUCGAUCCAAACACGCCUGGCCCGCCGCGAGCACGUCGAGAAAGCGGCCGAGUCUUUCCGCACCGGCAGCAAAACAAAUGUCGUGGUGGAGAAACUACAAGAGGCUCUGACUGAUAUCGCCCAACGUCUUACAUGUGAUACUCGCACACGAGUCCAACGAGCCCCAGAGACGGCCCGACUCGAAAGACUCCAUGCCGAAUUGAUUGGCUUCGCCCGACAAGUCGCGACACCGGCCCGACUUGAACGCGUACUCACAUCUAUGGCGGCUGAGUCGCCCUCAGCGGUGGCUGAAGAAGCAUCGUUACAGGCUUCGCUCUAUGCAUUCGAGCAGCGUCUCUUGCGGCAAUACUCAUCGCUUCACGACCUGACAGCGCCUGUACACAUGGCAAUUGAGCAGCUUCGCCUUGGUUUGCGCUUAUGCUUGCCAAGUGAAUCCGCCUCGGUAAAGAAGCAGCGCGUCUUGGAUGCGGCCAUGCAGUUCCCGACAUCACAAGCAGCCCACACCAUGUUGUGCCGCGCGACAGAGCCGCGGUCCGUGGCCACAGCGGUGACCGAGCUAUUGGCUGCUUUGGCAGCAGCGGCAUUUGAAGCACAGACGUUACGGGCUACAAGGGUGCCUCUAGCGACUGUCCAGAUUGUCUACGAGCAGCUCUUUGUUCUGUGGGCAAAGCAGCGUGAUGCUGAGCGUGAAAAGGCCGAAGCCGAUGCCAAACUGUUUACUUUCAAAGACGAGGACGCGUCAGAAGAACAGGAGCGUAUUCACGCGGAAAUCAAGGCCCUGUUUCCAGUGUAUGAGGAUGUGCUAGAAAAUAAGAACAACAAUGUUGACCCAAGCAAGUCUGAUGCAUCUCGCCUGGAUCCUGACACUGUGAUCCGCGUUUACGACCUGCAUCGAACGUUGUACCCGAGCGCGCUUUCUCUGCCUGGCAAGAGGCGCGUACCAGAUGUGGCUGAUAUGCUUGUUGAGCAGUGUGAUUCGCUUCUUCGUCACUCAGCAUCUUUCAUAUCACGUUUGCCGAUGGAUUCAGACCGUUUCGCAGCCUAUCAACUUACCCGCAUUGCUCGGCGUCGCGCGCCACCGAAGCGCUUAAAGAACUUUUACCACGAUCCUCAGCCACAUGAAAUCGCGCGUAUUGUGCCUAUCUUGAGCCGGCUGCAAGAGCGAGUGGCCGAGUUGCUCCGCUCAUUGCCAGAGCAGGUCCAGCUCCAGCAGCUGAUGGAGCGUAGUGAACGUACGACUCAGCUAGACGUCUCGAGCCCAGUCGCCAAAGGACUUGCUGCCAUUGAGCUCCUGCUCACCCAUGUCGAUGAUUGGGAGACAUACGCUAGUCGAGACUUGUCUCUGCAAGUGCAUGCAUCCGAGCUGACCAACCUCGUUGUGGAAUGGCGUCGACUUGAGCUUCAUAGCUGGAGGACGCUUCUCGACGACGAAGCGGCACGCGAAGAGGCGACUGUGGCAACGUGGUUCUUUUCCCUGUACGAAGCCAUUACGCGUUCCGCUGCAUCUGACGCGUCUUUGUCUGCUGAGCUUGUGGACCUGCUUGACUCUUUCAUACGGGGUAGCACGGCCGGUCAGAUUGGUGCGCGCCUCGACUUGCUUGAUACGUUCAGCACCUUCCUUCAACAUGACAAACCCUCACUAAGUCAGUUGUUGCACAAUGCUGCUGCAUAUUACGCCCAGUUUAUGCCUGCAAUUGAUGCACACAUCGCUCAGCAGCGUGAGACGCUCGACCGUGAGAUCGCCGACUAUGUGAAGCUAGCAACGUGGAAAGAUGUAAAUGUUUUCGCACUCAAGCAAAGUGCACAGAAAACGCAUACAUACCUUCACAAAUCACUGCGCAAGUUCCGUGAGAUUUUGAGACAGCCAGCGGAUCCGCUUCUCACAUUCAAAGCAGAUGCCCGGCCUUCCUUGGCCGUGCGCCCCUUGAUGGGUCCGGGACAUAUUCAGUUUAGCCCCGUCACAUCUGAUUCUCAUGCUCAGGGUGUUCCUCAGGUACCAAGACCGUCGGACACCACCCGAGCGCCGCAUCUUCAGGACAUGAAGCGAACUGUAGCGCACUUGCAUGAACGCAGCGCACAUUUCGUAGUCCCCGGCUUACAGUCGCAUGCCUAUGCGGAUCUUGUUAACCUGGGUACGACUGUGCUUGAGACGGCAGACGCCCUUGCACAGCAGACGCCCGCAGUUGCCAAUGAGAAAAACAUCAAAGCCAUCAAGAGCCUUGCAUCGCAGAAGCGGCGCGCAUGGACUGAUUUGCUGAAAACACUUCGGCAUAUUGGCCUAUCACCAUUUGUAACGGCUGAAUUGCUUAGCCAUAAUCGCAGUCCUUCACAGGCAUAUGGUGUGCCGCGACUUGAGACACAUGAACAUCUUGGCACGGACUCUCUUUCGAAGUACUACGCCGCUAUGCUCGCGCAAGCUGAGCGCCUGCGCCAUGCAUCUCAAACGCCAGUCGGCGAUGUGCCCGACCUUGUGCGAGGCUUAGCACUUGUGGAGCAUAGUGUAUACACGGCCAUGCGACUGCGUUAUCGCAUGUCGUCUGUAUUCGAAGAUGCGAAAGAUGUAUGGGCAUUGACCGAACGUCUCGCCCAUCUUCAUGGACCCCUGACCCGCAUUUCAGCCUCGUGUCUUGCCCAGAUUUGUGAACGAGUCAAUCAGCUCGCUCGGGUCUCCCAGGCUCUAGAUGAAAUCGUUGCUACGACUCCCAUGCUUGUCGAGGUUUCUCCGAUGAUGGGUGCGCCCGAUCUCUCGGGCAUCCAGUCUCAGAACUGCCACGUUCAGCAGACUCUUGCGAGAUUGACGCCAUUGGCGCAUGUGCUGCAGACCACGCGUCUUUAUUUGUGCACAAAGAAAGAGCUUGAUUUAGUGGAUGACAGUACAUCCGUCUUACAAAACACACUCACAUGUCUAAACAACUUGACACAUGCAACGCCUGCCUUGUCGCUUGUUACGGUGCCAACGAGCGAAUGGCUAGAGUCUUACUGUACCGACGGGUGUGGAUCUACCACGGCAGAGUCGGACGAGGAGGCGGAUACCGUCCAAACACUUUCUGACAAGGUCUGCUCGUCCAUUUUGGUCAUUGCCCAGGAACUUGCACGUAUUCCGCCACCGGAGCAGAGUGAAAAUCUGGCUGAAAGGCUUGUCGUAAAUGAGACGGCUCGUUUACAACAAGUCGAUCGCAUCCUGCGUCCCCAAGCUGUGGCACAAGCAAUUCGUGAUGCGCUCAGUGGUGCAGGCUCAGGCGAAGUGACGCAGGCAUGCAUUCAAGACUUAAGCAAGUUCCUUCGGCCCUAUACUGAGUGGUUGUGGGUUCAGGUAUCAUCCGUGUCGCUCUGGAGUCGGGCGAUAAUGCGUUUAACUCUUAUUUUAAGUGUGAUCAUGACGUCACUUGCUACAAAGGGCUUCUGCCAGCCGCCCGAAGAAACCGAAGCUGAAGAUGACAAUGAUGCCGAAGGCGGUGAACAGUUGGAGGGUGGCACAGGUCUUGGUGAAGGUUCAGGUGCAAAGGACGUGUCAGACACAUUGAAGGACGAUGAGACGAUGGAGGAGCUGAAGAAUGAAGAAGAGCCGCCCAACGAUGAUCAGGACGAGAAUGAGCCAUCGAAAGGCGAGGACAAAGCCCGUGAAAUGGAUGAUAUGGAUGGCGAUGUGCACAGCGUCGAUGGGGAUCAGCAACAAGAUGAUCAGGAAGCUGCCGAGGACGAGGACGAGCAAGAGCAGGAUGUGGAGGAUGAGGUAGGAGAUCUGGAUCCGCUUGAUCCCGAUGCCGUCGACGAGAAGAUGUGGGCUGAUGAGCCUGAAAAGCCGAAGCAAGGUGACUCAGAGGUCCAGGGCGAAACGCAAGAUGAUCGCGAACAAGCAAGCGAACGAAAUGAGCCCCAGGAUGGGCAGCAAGAUGAGUCGAACGAAGCUGGUCAGGAUGGCGACGAUGGCGAUGAAAACAAACCAAACGACGAAGAUGAGCAGGACGAAGCCGAAGUAGAAGACAUGCCGGAACUGAAUGAGGGGCUCGGUCGUGAGCUUGACAAAGAAGCAGCCGAAGAAGACAUGCAGCUCGGCGACAUUGACAUGGGUGAUGAGGGAGACGAUGGUGAAAACAAUGAAGACGACCAAGAUGAUCUUGAUCAAGAUCUUUCAGACGGUGCCAUGGACGAUGAUGUUGAAGAGCGCAUGACAUCGUCACAUGAGCAGGAUACCCAACAGCGUGAACAAGAAAACGAUGAUAUACCUGAUGACCAAGACAUGGAGCAGGACGGCGAGGUGCAACAGGCCCAGGACGAUGAUGUGAAUGACUCAGAUGAUAGUACAUCACCUCCCGGCGCAGAAGAUGCACAAGAUAAGGGUCAAUCAACCUCAGAUGACGACGAGGAUGGAGAUGAAGAUGCAAAUGGCAAUGAUGCAAAGAAAGCGAAUCAUAAUGAAACGCCUGCCUCACGAUCAAAUCAACAAGAGGUUCACAACAAUCUUGAAAGACAAGUAGAUCUAGCCAACGAUCUGCCUUCUGAAGUUGCUGAGGAGUAUAACGCCACGCACGAAGGUGGUGGCCAGGAUUCUGGCGGUGCGGCCGGCCAGCAAGACCGAGCCAGUGGCGAUACUGGACGGACCGAUGGCUCUUCAUCUGCGCAGGAUCAAGGCGCUCGUCAAGAAAGCAGCGAUGCUCGUGCCGAAGGCAAAGAUGAGUCUGAGUCUACAUCUCAGCCUAAUCCUAUUCAGAGUCUGGGUGACUCGCUUGAACAGUUCCGUCGCGACGUGGAUUCAAUCCGCGAAGCGACGGAUCAUGCACAAGAUGACGAGCCCCUUCAUCGCGAUGGUGCGAUCCCCGAAGCUCAGGACAUGGAACACAUUGCACCAGACCAAGACGCAGAUGCACAGGCACUAGGCACUGCAGAUGAGCAACAAGCACACGCGAUGAAGAAUCUGAGCAUGGAUGACGCCGAUCAGGCCGAUUCAUCGAAUGUGGCGCUUCCUGAAGAGCCCGACACUGAGAUGUCUGACCCAACGCGGGCUACUAAUGAUGACCUACCGGAUGCCGAGGAAACAGGCUCACAACCACAUGGUGCUCGUGAAGGGGCAAUGUUGGCAUCUGAUGUGCAGGGUGUGCAGGACAAAGAGACUGAGAGCGACUUACCCGACAUCCAAGAGGAAGAGGAGCAUAUGGAUCCGCUCGCUGACGACGAGCGUCUCGAAGCUGACAAGCACGUGGCGAAAGUGCUUGAGUCGUUCCGCGCAUCCGACACAGACAUUGACCAAGCCUCGGAGUUGUGGCGCUCAUACACGGCGCUCACAACCGACUUGGCCUUUUCACUCUGCGAGCAAUUGCGUCUGAUCUUGGCACCUACACUUGCGACACGGCUGAGCGGUGACUACCGCACAGGCAAGCGGCUCAACAUGCGCAAGAUUAUUCCAUUCAUUGCUAGUGAUUUUGCGAAGGACAAGAUCUGGCUACGUCGCACGAAGCCGUCCGCCCGUGAAUACCAGGUUUUGUUGGCUAUUGACGACAGUAAAAGUAUGGCAGAAAGUCGUAACAUUCAUCUGGCCUACCAGACUCUAGCCCUUGUCGCAGGUGCAUUGACGCGUCUUGAGAUUGGUGAUGUGGGAAUUUGCCGCUUUGGCACAGAAAUGAACAUGCUUCACGACUUUGGAUCUACGACCUUUACCGACCGACAUGGUGGACAAAUUCUAAGUCAUCUUCGCUUUGAUCAAACACGGACUGACAUGUAUGCAUUGCUAGAGCAAAGUAUGCGUGUAUUGCGACAAGCGCGUCAGCAGCACACGUCGGCCUCGGCUGCUGAUUUGUGGCAAUUGGAAAUCAUCAUUUCAGAUGGCGUGUGCCAGGAUCAUGAGCGUCUCAAGGCGCUCUUACGUCGUGCCACAGAAGAGCGAAUCAUGCUAGUAUUUGUUGUGGUGGAUGCGGCUGGCGAUGUUGCGUCUGCUAGCGCUAACGAGGGACAGCGUAGUUCGAUCCUCUCGAUGAAUCAGGUCAGCUACCAUACUGACGCUGCUGGCAGGCUACAACUAAAUAUGAAACACUACAUGGACACAUUCCCCUUCGAUUACUAUGUGAUUGUAAGGGACGUGCAGUCCCUGCCUCAGGUGCUUGCAACAACGCUUUGUCAGUGGGCUGAGCGCAUCCGUGAUGCAUAA